AUGUCUAAGCAGCAAGAGGAGCGGGAUUUGCAGAAGUUCCUUCAGGACGUGGAUGAAGUCACCAACUUGAUUCAAGGCCUGAACUCCACAGACCCUUCUGUUCAGGAGAAAGCCAUCACAGAUACAGAGAAAAGGAUCAAGUCCACUCAGAUCAAAGAUGAGAAAAAGAAGCCCCAGGUGGACAGGACAGUCAUCAGCGCACCAACACCGGAUUUUCCAAAUCACGAGGAAAGUAUGGAUCCAGAUAGCUUCAUGGCUGCUUUAGAAAAAGAUGCUGAAGAGCGAGCAAGGAAAAGGAAAGAAAAUGAAGCCUUAGCAAAUGCACUCAAAGUAAAAGGGAAUGAUGCUUUCAGCAAAGGAGACUAUGAAGUGGCCAUUGAGAGGUACACAGAAGGUCUAAAGAUGCAGAAGGACAUGUCUAUGCUGUAUACCAACAGAGCACAGGCUUACAUCAAGUUGCAGAAGUAUGACAAAGCCAUCAGUGAUUGUGACUGGGCUUUAAGGUGUGAUGAAAAAUGCAUCAAAGCUCUCUUCCACAUGGGGAAAGCAUACUUAGCCCAGAAGCAGUACAGCAAGUCCAGAGAAUGCUACCUGAAGAUUUUAGAAAUCGAUCCCCAAAAAGAGAAGUUGUGUAAAGGUUGCAUGAAUGAAAUAGACUUGGAGGAAAAAAGACAGCAUGAGGAGCAGAGAGCCAAAGAGGAGUUUGAAUCUGGAAAGUCUAUGGCUGUGUCUGUGAGCCAGUUGCUGGAGAAACUCAGCAUGCCUGAUAAGGAUGCCCUCUACUAUGCGGGUGGGAUUAGGCUCUUGACCAAAGCGAUGCAAGAUUGCACUGAGCAGACCUUAUUUAGAAUGAACAAUGGGUUCAGUAUCAUCAAUGACAACGAGGUCAUCAGACGGGUCUUCCAUGCCAAGAAUAAAUCACCUGCUGAUGUGGAGCUGUCGCUUUCCAUUCUCCUCUUAUGGCAGGCCGUUUGCAAAGGGAACGAGGAGAACCAGCGCUUCCUUCUAACUCACCCUGAUGUGAACUUGCAGCUUCCAACCCUGUUGCUUUCGGAGGUGCCUGAAAUCCAAGAACAGUGCCUGGCCCUGCUGUCCCUCUAUGCAGAGACAGAGAACGGGAGGAGCUUACUGGUCAGACACCUGGACACGACAAAGUGGCUGCAGCUCUUCAUGUCUUUCAUCAAGGUAUCUGAUAGCAGGGCUCGCUAUGCCAUGAACCUCCUGACCACCUUAAUCGUAGAGGAGAAGUUCAAAAUGCAGUGUCGCAUCAAGCUUUCCACGGAGGCUUUGCCGCUGUUCACACAGUUGCUGAGUUCAGUCAAGAAAGUGAAUGAGUUGGCCCUUGCGCAGUGCAUUGCUGUAAUGGGAGACCUCUGCUCUGAUGUGGUCAUCCAGCUGCAGAUGGCUGAAAGCUAUGAAUGUUGGCAGGCUUGUGUGAACUUUGUGGAUGAAUGCUGGGUGGAAAGCAAGGGCACUAGAUACCCAGAGAGUCUAUAUGCAGUCCUUGGCUUAAUGAUGAAUCUCUCUGUACAGCACAGUUUAGCCAUUCAGGAACUUGCUGAAGAAAUAACUAGGAUAUGCAUGUCCCUCCACAACAGCAAGGAUGAAAGAAUUGUGACACGAGCAGUUGGGCUUCUAAGUCACAUCGUCCCUGCAAGUCGAUUGGCGCUGGAGGAGGCAAUGAAGCAAGAUGUGGUGAAGAAAAUGAUCAGACUUCUGAAGGCUGGCGGAGAGACCAUAUCUGGCUAUGCCUUGAAGACCCUUGCCGCUUGCGUCAGAAGCAGCCGACAGGCUCAGGAGCAGGUUGUAAAGUUAGAUAAAAAAUGUACCACAUUGCUGAAACUCCUGCGCUCACAGAAUGAAGUGGUGGCGGGAAACGCUGCCUUUUGCCUCGGGAAAUGCCUCGAGGUUCCUGGAACAGCCACAAAUAUGCUAGACACGAAUGUCGUGAAAAUCCUCUUGAAAGUCACUGGGGGGGAUGCCCAGAAGACUUCAGUGCAGGAGAAUGCCGCCAUUGCUUUAGGGAAGCUCUGCACAGCGGAUGCCAGGCAUACCAGUCGGUUGCGGGAGCUGAACGGGAUGGCAAUCCUCAACACUGCCAUGAAGUAUGUGCAGCAGUGAUUUUUAAAGACUUCUUCCAAUGUUCUGAAGAGUGUGGGCAGUGCUUACCAUACCUCUGGUCAAGGCUGCCCUAUCUUUUAAAAUAUAAUAAAAUAAAGAUGAUUAAUA